UUGUUGCUACGGUUAUAAUAAACCAUUGAAAAUCUUUAUAUUGCAAUAAAUUUUGAGUCUUCUGAUUGUAUAGCUAUGGUGUGGACAUUGACUUGCCAGCCUAACUGCUUCCAAAAACAGUCGACGUGGGGUUAUUAUAAACAUCUUUAUGCCGAUGAAAUUUGCUGUUUGUGCACCAGUUGGAGAUUCGGAUCUUAUCUCUACACAAUUCUCCUGGCGUCUCUUGGCAUUGCUCUGAUACUGGCGGACAUUUGCCGUACAGUUACUAAUGGCCCAUUGCCGGUCUGCCAGGCUCGACAAGACCAUUCCUACAACAAGUGGUACUUAUGCCCUCGUCUGGAGAGAGAUUUGAGCUUAAUGGGGAGCUUCCUAAAUCUUCUUAUUUACAUUAUUUUGCUCGUUGGAAUCCUCGCGGGAAAUUCUCUACUGCUGAUGCCGUGGUUGGUCUGCAAGAUGAUUCUGAUAAUCUGCCUUGUGCCAAUCUGGCUCGUACACCUCGCAUUCUUCCACCGGUUCUUUACAAAGUGGGGCUUGCUCACGAUAUGUUUCAACGUUCAUAACAUUCUUCAGGUUAUAUGUGUAUCCUUAAGUUUCGAGUAAAUUUAUGUACUGUAAAGUUUCUUAUUAAAU